AUGAAACUGUUGAAAGGCAGCAAAUCGUGUAAUUCCCAUGACUCUGACUCUUUCCAAGGAUCACACCUGCUCCCAAACGGGUUAGAGCUCGAUGUUAAAGAAGCUCCCUGGUACACCAGCUGGCUCAAAGCUCAAUCAACUAAAAUCCCAUCGCAAACAUUCAACAUUUUCCACGCGAACCACGAACAUUGCACCUUUCAAUCGCACUGGGACCUCUUCACUCGCACAUUCCUCUGUGUGGCGGAACUCGCCAUCCAAGAUAGCACUAUCACCAUCGAUGGGAUAAUUGGGAACCUCCUCGGUGAGGAUAUUUUGGAUUCUGAGACGUUGGAGGAGAAUCUCAACUAUGCUCGCUACUUUGUCUUCUGCCUUUUGGCCUACCAAACCAUGCUCUACUCUCCUGUUCUGGAUCUAACUUUCAAAACACCGCAAUUAUGCAUCACCGAAGAUCUCGGUUGCUGCAACUAUACGCACGCAUCUCUAACACAAGAUGUCGCAAACUGUGCUCAUGAGCCCAUUAGUGAGCUUCUCAUGGGCUUUGGCGUUCUUCUGCCAUCCAGGAACCUCUGUCUAGACGACGAUCAAAGUAUCCAUCACGCUUUCCAACAGCAGACGGAAGUUGGUGCUAAAACAUUCAACGCAUACGCACUCCAUUAUAUUGCCGGUAUCAAAGUCAAAUGGACCGAUGCAUUAUCCUGCCAUUUGGAAUUCAACUCAGCCACGAAGGAGAUGUCCCUUUUCCGCUUCCCUUCCUUCUGCCAAUUUUCCCUGGCAAACUAUGACCAGGGAAAGGGUAGAGGCGUGCUACACGCUUGUGCAACGACAAGCCGUCUCCGAUGUCAAUGGGCAACAGAGACGGAUAUCAACCAGUUUCUACUCGAAGUCCUUCUCUCUUACCGAUUGUUGUUUGGUCAGACCAAGAAAUCCCGAUCAUUGUUUCGGUCUAUGGAGCCGUUUCUCCGCACGGAACAGAACACGAGGGAUUCGCUCUUGUUCAGUUUGUGUGGCAUGCGUUCGCUGAAUAUGUUCUUGCUGGACCUACUACGAGACUGGAAUAUGGUGGAAAAGGAGAAAUACUACCUACCAAAUGACUUUCCCAUCUUACGGUAUCGCAUUGUCGUUUUACAAAGGUAUUUGUCUGCUUCGGGGCCACGGACUUGGCUUCAGUUGUGGAGGGAUAAUAGGAACUCGGCCAAUUGGAUGACAUUUUGGGCGGUGAUCAUAUUUGGCGCAUUUGGUUCGCUCAUGGCGCUCUUGCAGGUGAUUUUGCAGUCUGUCCAGUUGUUCGUGUGA